CUUCAGUAAUUGGAGGUAAAAUUGAUAAAAUUCAUAAACACAGUCGGCUCACGACACAAGCACUUACACAAAAAAUGAAACGUUCACAUCAGCCUGACGGGGAGGAUGGUCAUUCCACCAAACGACGACAGAGGGACCAAAGUGACAGCAGUGAAGCCAUGCCAGAACUCCAUUCCUUAUUUUAUGGGGAGGUAUCAUCUGUGCAGCAGUAUGGCGUUUUCAUAAAAAUCCCCGGCUUCAAGAAACAAGGAUUAGUUCACAAGUCUCAGAUGUCAAAAGUUAGAGUUGAUGAUCCUUCAGAGAUGCUGGCAACAGGAGAAAAAGUCUACUGCAAAGUUAUAUCAAUUGAGAAUAAUAAAGUAGGUUUGUCAAUGAAAGUGGUGAAUCAGACGACAGGACAGGAUGAGGAUUCAGCUAAUGUCCAGUCGACAAUGGAUUUACAGAAGAACAGAAAAUUUCACAAAGGAGACAGACCAAAAAUUGAACUCGGAGCCAUCUUAGACACUACCUGUAAAAAGUGUGGUGGCCAUGGUCAUUUAGCACAGGACUGCUUUCAUGUAGCUGGAGGAAAGUCAUAUGAACUAAUUCCUGAAGAGGGAGAUGUUCCACAAUCAGCAGACAGAGAAACUAAACACAAAACAUCGAAGUCCAAGAAAAAGAAAAACAAAAGAGAGAAGAAAUCAAAGAAAGCCAAGAAGAGGCACCAUGCAAGUUCAAGUUCCGAGUCUGGGGAAGAACAUUCCCAUCACAAGAAACACAAAAAGCACAAACAUAGAAGAAAAUCUUCUUACAGUGGGGACAGUGACAGCUGAUUAUCCUGUUUGUAAUAUUUUGCAAAUAUUAAAAUCAUAUAUAUUAUUA